AUGGUCGUCGUCGAGACGAAGGCUCUGAACGCUCUCGAGCCUUUUCUCCUCCUCUCCAGGUCCAUCACCUCUCCCCGAGCCGCUGCCGACCUCGUCACUCGCGCAACGUCGGCCCCCAACACCUACAUAUUCGCCGAGCUCCUCCAGACGCCGCAGGUUCAGGCGCUGAAAAACUCGGAAGAAUAUGCCUCCCACCUCUCCCUCCUCUCCAUAUUCUCCCACGGCACCUACCAGACCUACCAUGCGACACCCAACCUACCCCCUCUCAACGACGCCCAGACCCUCAAGCUUCGACAGCUGUCGCUCCUGACUCUCGCCCGGGACAGGUCGAACCUCUCCUACGCGGUGUUGCAGGGGGCCUUGGGGUUGUCACAUGCCCGCCAGCUGGAGGAUCUGGUCAUAAAGGCCGUGUACGAGGGUCUCCUGCACGCUACGCUCGACCCUGCCCGUCAGGCGAUAGAAGUGACGAGCAUCUCUCCGCUCCGCGACCUCCAACCAGGCUCCGUCCCGGCCAUGACCAUGGUGCUCAAUAGCUGGUCCGACCGCUGCAUUUCCACCAUAGGGGACAUUGAGGCCCGAAUCAACGCCAUCCGCGCCAACGCCGCCGCCCGGGCCAAGGAGGAGCGCGCAGCCGGUGACGACGUCAACGACUCGGCGGGCGAUCCGCAGGAGUCGGACAAAGCAGAUGUGCCUGGCGACGAAGGCCUUCCGAAACGGGGACUGAACAAACGCUCGAUGCUGGAAGUAGGAAACCUUGCGGCCGGUGAAACGAUGGAGCUUGAUGAGCAGCUCCGGGCAGAUGAGUCGGCCAAGCGAGCCAGCAAACGGAAGAUGUGA